CUGAGGCAGCUUUUUGGGAGUGCUGUGCCUGCUUUCCCUCCAAAGUUUUACCUGGCAAUGACCAAGUCGAUGGCAGAUGAGAGACGCUCUCAGCUGGAGCAGUACCUUCAGAAUGUUACUUUGGAUUCAAAUAUUACCAAUAGUGAUGUCUUCAUAGAGUUUUUCCGAAAGCUACAGCAGGAUACAUUUAAGAUCCGAACUCAGAGAGCUUUUUUGGAUGUUUACCUUGCUGAUGGCAGCAAUAUUAGACUUGAUAUCCAGACAUCGGACACUGCAGAAAGAAUAUUAGAGGUUACAUCAUGCAAGAUGGGGUUAUCAAGAGAAUUAAUAAAAUAUUUUAGCUUAUUUUUCUUUCAAGAUCAUGAUGAUGGAGUGCUCUCUGUGGUGAAAAAAGUGGCAGACUUUGAACUUCCUUAUGUGAGUCUCCAGAGCAUGAAAGAGUUGCACUGUAAGCUUGGGAUCAGAAAGUGGUAUAUGGAUCCUUCUCUUGAUAUACUGCUGAUGGAUUGUAGAAUUUCACUGAAUUUGCUAUAUAUGCAGGCAAUCCAGGAAGUUAAGAGGAAUUGGGUUAAACCAACAGAAGGGCAGAUGCAAGAACUGAAACUUCUACAAAAAAAUGCAAACAAAGCAAAGUUUCUGGAGCUGAUUCGAGAAAUGCAGUUCUAUGGAUACAUACGACUUGAUCCUUGCAUUUGUGACUAUCCGGAAGAAGGCUGCUCAGCUGACAUCUAUGUAGGCAAUAAUGAGAUUAUCUGCUCCAUAAAACUGCCUACUAACCUAACCAAAGAAGUCAGCUUUAAAAUCAACAGGUUAAGAAGUUGGCAGGUUACUUUUCUUGCUGCUACAAAGGAUGAAGAUGACACUCUGGAGCUCAGAUUUGAGUACAAUGAUUCGGGCACAUGGCAGUGGAUAAUUUUGUACACAAAACAGGCCUUUUUGCUCAGUAGCUGCUUGAAGAAAAUGAUAUCUGAACAGAUGAUGAAGGCAGCCAAAGAAGGCCAAGAGAUGGAGAUCAAGAUGCCUGAAUCCACAAAAAAUAGUAAGAAAUCCAUCAUCCAACAAAAGCAGGUAGUUCAUUCAGGUUUUAUAUCAAGAAAAAGAUUUUUGGUUAGGCCAAAUGAAGACGACUGUGUAUUUGAGAAAAUAAGAGAAGAGGACCUGUGA